UCAACCCAUAGAUUGAUUCACUUUAACCUAUAAUUUUUGAAUGUCAUAUUAUCACACUUUUUCAAUCUAUUAAAGAGUUAUUAGUUAAUUUUCCAGAAAAUUAACAGAAUGACGCUACAGCCUGAUUUAUUAUUAACAUCUUGCCAAGUUUCUCAGCAGUGGACUGCAUGUUUUUGGGAUUAUACAUCAGGAAAUUCGAUUCAGGCUUACAAAGGAGGGGGUGUUGCGGCUCCAAACACUGCUAAUCUAAUUGGCAACGAUUUCAUUAUCACAGGGGAGUCUACGAAACCUCUACUCCACAUUUGGCCAGUGAACAGUCAAGAACAGUUAAAAAAUCAAAAGCUUAUUUUACCAGAACGAGCUAGUGCUGUUAGUGUUUGCCCUUACAAUACUUUCUUAUCUGCAGGCAUAGGAUCAAAACUGUAUAUUUGGCAGAUAUCAUCAGGGAAGUUGCUGUGUGUCCAACAAAAACAUUUGCAACCUAUAACAUGCAUUAGAUUUGUUGAUAAUGACUUUUUGAUAACAGGUGGGCAAGAUGGUAUGUUGAUAGUGUACAAUCUUGGCAGUUUAGUUAGUUUACAAAGCAACAUUUUGCCCCAAAGUGAAGUUGGACAAACAGAACCUUUAUAUUCUAAAUUGGACCAUAGCUUGCCCAUAACAGAUAUACAUGUGGGAAACUUUGGUGUUAAAUCAAGAAUUGUGAGUGUUUCUAUCGAUCAAACCUGCAAGAUUUACAAUUUAGUUGAUGGAGGGCUGUUGCUGACCAUAGUUUUUGAUAAUCCUUUGACUGCUGUUGUUGUGGAUAUUGCAUUUUGGAAUAUCUAUGUAGGAAGCAAUUUUGGAGAUUUGAUUCACUUUGAUUUGCGAAAUCCUCCAAGAACUGCACAGUUUCACAUUAGUAAAAGUGACAAAAAUUUGUCAAGUUUUGUGGGGCAUACAAAAAAGAUCAAUUGCCUUUCACUGAAUUUAAACGGAGAAGUUCUUGCUUCAGGAUCAGAGGAUUGUCAGGUAUUAAUAUGGGAAGUAAAAAGCAGGCAAAUAAUUAGAAAAUUGGAACACAAAGGUUCUAUUACAAAUAUCUCAUUUGUAAUGAAACACCAAAAUAUAUUCAGUCAAAACUUUAAACCUUUGUUUAUUGUGAAAGCUUUGGAAAGAAGUUUGGAUUUUGCAAGCGAAAAAUUAAUUGUUCCUGUAAUUCAGAAUGAAAAAAUCGAAUUUAAUGAUGAAGAAAAUGAUUCAAAUAAGCAGUCUGGAGUAAACCAAACAAUUGCUGAAUUAGAAGCAGAAUUAUCAAAGGCAAAUGUUGUUAAUAAGCAAUUGUAUGAUGGUAUGAUUAAACUUAUAAAGAAAUAUAAUAAUGUUAAUUAAACAUUGUUAUAAUUUUUUUUAUAAGAAAUAAAAUA